AUGGACAAGUCAAAGACGCUGGAGGUGCUCCGUGGCAUGAAAUUCAUGCAGCGGAAGGAAGAGACAAAGCGCCGCGAACUCUUUGAGCUUGAUCAACAAAAGCGGUUGGAGGAGCAACUGCAGGCUGCAUCCGGCGCCGGCAAUGGCGUCAGCGGGGUGUCGAUUGCGCAAUCGCCGCUGGCAACGAAGCGGUGCGGUGCAACGAUUCUGUAUGACACGGGCUUCCCGCGGGAGUCGUACAACUUCGCACGGCGCUCCUUCCUGCGCAAGGUUAGUUACGCUGAAAAGGUUGCUGACACUAGCACCGCCGCGGGCGCCGCUGAGGGCACCAGCGACGGCGCUGGGUGUGGCGGGAAGGAGAAGUCGGCAAGCAGUGAAACUCCUCAGGAAGGACCUCACCGCGGCGACGCCGAGGGCGCUCCUAGCGACGGCGGCGAAGGGGACGCGACUGAAUAUGACCCAACCGCAGUGUGCGGCGGCGAUGGUGGCAAGCGGUUCUGCGUCAAUCUGCGGGCGCCGGCGUUGCCGAAGGGGCUGGCGAAGCAGGUGGCUGCUGAAAAGCGACAGAAGCGGCGACGACAAGAGGAAACAGGAGGAAACCGGGACCAGGACGCAGUGUAG